UCCUUUAAGAGCGAGUUCCUUUUGCUCCAAUUUUAGAGAGAGAGAGGAUUGAUUUUGCUCCAAUUUAGAGAGAGAAAGUAGUUACAGUGGCCCUAAACGGCCAUUUUUACACCUCUAUAGAGCUCAGUUUGAAGUGAACCCUUGUAUGCUCUAUUUCAUAGUCAUUAAUUGCUUCCAGUGGGGCCUCUUUUUGUUCCUUUUUGUAGAGAGAGAGUUUCUUUUGCUCCUUUUUUUAAAGAGGGGAUGUUUUUUUGCUCCCUUUUAGAGAGAGAAAUUGAUUUUAGUGCCCUUAUAUGGCGAUAUUCAUUCCACUAUAGUGCUUAGUUUGAAUAUUGACCCAAGGUUCUUUUCUCCCCUCUGCUUUUGCAGUCUUGCCCUUUUUUUAGAGAGAGAGAAGGUUGCUUUUGCGCCCUUUUAGAGAGAGCGUUAUUUUUUGUUGGCUUCAUUUUAGAGAGAGAAAGUAGUUACGGUGCACUUAAAUGGCCAUUAAUGCUCCGGGGCUUGGUAUGAACCAAUUCAUGGGGUUUUGGAUUUGAAUCCCCUCAUCUCUAAAGAACAUUUAGGGUACAUUCUGGUAACCAUGAAGAGAAGACCUUCGAUGCGAUUGGUGAUAUUAUCUUUCUGUGCUGGUAUUUUGUUAUUCCUGAUGCAUCGAGCUGCUUUGUUAAUGACAUUCAACUUUCCCCCACGGUUUGAAAAUGAAGGAGAAAGAGAGAACUUUGGCCUUCCUAAGCCUUCCUCGCCAUACCAAACCAUUGCCUGUGACCGAACACAUCCUCGAUCCGACAUAUGCUCAGUGUAUGCCCAGACCAUCCUGCAUCAAAACUCCAGCAUCUUCUUCGUGGAUUCCCCGAAUGUCCCAAAUUCCACUGAAAAAUUACAUCCAUACCCCCGCAAGUGGGAAAAAGAUGUAAUUGCCGCAGUCAAUGAGCUCACUAUCACCACCAAAACCCCAAAAAUGCCCCUCAAUUGUGAAGUUGAGCAUGAGGCCCCCGCACUCGUAUUCAGCACUGGCGGCUACACAGGCAACCUCUACCAUGACUUCAAUGAUGGUAUUAUCCCCCUCUUCGUAACUUCUCUUCACCUCCCAGAACCACCCAUCUUGGUUAUCACUAACUUCCAUAAUUGGUGGCUUACAAAGUAUGCUGAUCUUCUCAUCCACAUAACACCCCACCAAGUACUUAACCUAGAUAACGAGACCCGGACCCACUGUUUCCCUUCAGCCACAUUUGGCCUUCUAAUCCAUGGGGAGCUCCUUGUGGACCCUGCACUUACACCUAAACAACAGUCGAUAUAUCAUUUUAGUCGUCUCCUUAAUGAAUCAUACACUCCUCACUACUACGUUCCACCACCACCAAAGCCUAGUCGGCCACGCCUUGUCUUGAUAGUUCGAGAGGGCACCCGGACCAUCUUGAACCAAGAUGAGGUGGUCAAGACCAUGGAGGAAACUGGGUUUGAUGUGGAAUUGUUCAAGCCCACUAGAACCACCGAGCUUAGAAAGGCUUAUGCAGUGCUUAACCAGAGCCAUGCUAUGGUUGGGGUUCAUGGUGCCGCCUUGACCCAAUUCUUGUUCAUGAGGCCUGGCUCUGUGUUCAUUCAAGUGGUUCCAUUAGGGACUGACUGGGCCUCUGAGGAAUAUUAUGGUGAACCAGCUAGGAGACUAGGGCUUGAUUAUCUUGGGUAUAAAAUUACCGUUGGUGAGAGUAGUUUGGUAAACAAGUAUGAAAGAGAUGAUUUGAUUUUGAAGGACCCAAGAUCAGUUGUGAAGAAGGGUUGGUUUAAUACCAAGAACAUAUACUUGGAGAGACAGGAUGUGAACAUCAAUGUUGUGAGGUUUAGGAGGUACUUGAGUUUUGCUUAUGUGAGAGCCAAGAGGUUCAUGGUUCAUCAAGGUUAGGAUGAAUUAGGAAGGUUCAUGGUUCAUCAAGGUUAGGAUGAAUUAGGAAGGUUCAUGGUUCAUCAAGGUUAGGAUGAAUUAGGAAGGUUCAUGGCUCAUCAAGGUUAGGAUGAAUUAGGAAGGUUCAUGGCUCAUCAAGGUUAGGAUGAAUUAGGAAUUGGUAUAAGUUCAAUUUUGGGAGGGAAUGUAUAUGGGAAUGUAUAUAGGCGAAGACUUUGAGCAUUCCGAUCAUGGUAAUAUGGCAGUGGAUCAAAUCAGCAUGUUUAGACAAUACAUGAGCUCACAAAGGCCCUUAAUCUUCAAGUUUUUGUACAAUUAAUUUCUUCAGCCCAGAGAGAUCUGUUCUUUGGAUUGUGAAGUUUAAUGUUUACAACAAAAUGGCAAAAAGAAGAAGAAAAAUAUAUAGAAUAAAUCAAUUCUGAUGUGAAACAUCGAUCUCAAGUCCAAGUUGAGCUUUUCUACUAGACGGAUCAUUUGAUUGUGGACUGGAUCAUUGAAAGCUUUGAGGGUAUUAGCCAACAGAGCAAAGAUCAAUGAAGGCAAUAAGAUAACAUGACGUGAUAUGUUCGUAUUAUUUCCAAUCAUGGUCAUGUAAAGAUGAACAGUAUUCUCAUCAUACACAGUUAAAAAAUGUGACAAGCACUUUGAAAUCUCAA